AUGUUCAAAAAAGACUUCUCUCCCGGCGCGAAGUCCAAGGUCAAGUCGUCUGCCCAGCGAGCAAUCAGAGCUCGUGUCAUCGAAACCUACCCAAACAUUGAGCCCUACAUCGACGACAUUCUGCCCAAGAAAGAGCAAAUCGACCUCGUCAAGAUCCCCGAUCGCGUUUCACUCUACUGCUUAGGGAGCACGCCGCUCUUCUGGCAACACAUGGACGAUCCCAUCAUCCCGCACUUGACAGUCGUGCACAAGUACCCACAGUGCUUCAACCGAAUUCGGAUAGAUCGCGGUGCCAUCCGCUUUGUGCUGUCAGGUGCCGCUCUGAUGGUGCCGGGACUCACAUCACCGGGCGGACGUCUACCUGGCGAUGAUGGCGAAGAAUAUGCGAAUGGAGGAAAAGAGAUUGAGGCUGGGGACGUUGUGGUUGUCGAUGCAGAGGGCAAGGAGAACGCGUGCAUGGUCGGCGUGCUGAAGAUGGGCACCAAGGAGAUGAAGGAGAAGAAGAAGGGUCCGGGGAUUGAGAACGGGCACUAUCUGGGUGAUGGAUUGUGGAAGCUGGAGCUGUAA